UCCGUCACUCACUCCAUUUUAUUCCCAACAUACACAGCGUUGCUCUGGCCGAGACAAGACCAAGAUGGCGGACAGACCAGUACCCGUGGCUGAGAAGAGGCUCAUGGACGUCAAGCUAGGGGAGCUGCCGUCCUGGCUCGGAACAAGGGACUUCACACCCAACGGACUCAUCAACUCAGUCCGCGGAGGUUAUGAGAGGUACUACAAUAAAUACAUCAACGUGAGGAAGGGUGGUAUUGGUGGAGUUGCGAUGCUCCUCGCUGGAUACGUUGCCCUGAGCUAUCUUUGGGAAUACGAUCACAUCAAGCACGACCGUUGGAGGAAGUACCACUGAAAACCCUACGCCAGCAGGGACCAGCAGGCCACUGAGUGGCUAUGUCUGCGGCGUUGUAAUCGCCAUACCCUUCACCUUUCUAUGAUGUGUAUAAAGUGAUAGUUGUGACCAAGAAUAAAGCUAAAAUUAUUUGA